GAGUAUUUUGUAAAAACUGUAAAGGAGGAUGUGGCUGUAGGGGCUGACAGUUCUCAUGAGUAUUACUGCUCUUCUUUCCCACAGUUUAAAGAAUAUUGGCAGAGAAAGAGCCGUAGAGUUACAGCAGGAGAGAAGAGGAACAGGAAAACAAAUGGCAGUAUCCCUGAGACAGCCACUUUUGGUGGUUGCCAGUCACCUGGGGAUUCAGCAACAGCUUUCCACGGAGAGGGCCCUACAUCAUCGGCUACCCUGAAGGAUCUGGAGAGCCCGUGCCGAGAACCGGCAGUAGUCUGGGAUUCAAGGUCCGUAAAAGUCAAUGAACUGAAGAACACCAUCGAAUCUUUGAAACAACAGAAUAAAGACCUGGAACAUCAACUGGAAGAAGAAAAGAAAGAAAACAAGAAGAGACACCAGGCCGAAUGGAGGCUAAAAGUUCAAAUCACGAUAUUGAACACAGAGAAAAAUGAGCUCCACACGGACCUGUGUCACACAAAAGGUGUUCUCAGACACUUUGAAGAAGAGUCCAAGGAUCUGGCAGGCCACCUGGAAUGUUCAUCGCAGUGCAUAGGAGAGUUGGAGCAGGCUCUCUCUGCUGUCGCCACCAAACAGAAGAAGGAUAUCAGUUUCUCGAGCCGCAGUAGAGAACUUAGCUGGUGGCGGUUAAAGAAAUCCACAGAGGAGAAGGCACGGCUGAAAACACAGCUAACACGGUUGAAGGAGUUGCAGACCCAAGUCCAAUUAGAACGAGAUCAAUAUGCUUGCCAAAUAGAAGGAGAGAGGGCCCGGUGGCAGCAGAGGAUGAGCAAAAUGUCGCAGGAGAUUGACACCUUGAAAAAGUCAAAAAAUCACUAUACGCAUCGGGUAGUGGAGCUGCAGUCCAAACUCAAAAAUCAGAUGGCUGAACCCCUGCCCCCGGAGCCCCCAGCAGUGCCCUCUGAGGUGGAGCUGCAGCACCUGAGGAAGCAACUCGAGAGAGUGGCAGGAAAGCUCCAGGCCCAGGUCGAAAAGAAUCAGCGCAUAAGUCUCCUGAACCGGGUCCAAGAAGAGAGGCUUCAGAAGCAGGAGGAGAGGCUCCAGGAACAGCAGGAGAGGCUUCAGCAGCUGGCCAAGCCACAGAGCGUCUUCGAGGAGCUGGAGCGCCUGGAAGCUGCCAGCAAGCAGAACCAGCAGCUAACAGCCCAGUUGGGCCUCAUGGCUCUCCCUGGGGAAGGAGAUGGAGGAGAACCUCAGCCCAUGCCGAGCGUCCCAGAGGACCUGGAGAGCGGGGAGGCCACGAGCAGCUUUAUGGACCACCUGGAGGAGAAGGCAGACCUGAGUGAGCUGGUGAAGAAACAAGAAAUACGAUCCAUCCAGUACUGGCGAGAGAGAUGCCAUCAGAAAACCCAUCACCUUUUAACAGAGCCAGGGGGCCAUGCCAAAGAUGUGGCACUGGGAGGAGGAGAUCAUGAGGCUGGCCCAGGACAGGGAGGAGAUGAAGGUGAAGCUGCUGGAGCUGCAGCAGAUGGUAUUGGGGCCUGUGGCGACGACAACAAUGGGCACAGAAAAUUCCUGGCCGCUGCCCAGAACCCUGCUGAUGAGCCCGGUCCAGGAGCCCCAGCCCCCCAGGAGCUUGGGGCUGCAGACAAGCAUGGUGAUCUUUGUGAGGUGAGCCUCACCUCCUCUGCGCAAGGAGAGGCCAGGGAGGGUCCUCCCUGUGACAACCCUACUGCACAGCCGAUCGUGCAGGACCACCAGGAGCACCCAGGCUUGGGCAGCAAUGGCUGUCUUCCAUUCUUUUGCUGGGCUUGGCUGCCGAGAAGAAGGAGAUAAACAUCAUCAUCAUCAAAGAGCUGGCCAAGAAAUUUUUAAAUAAGAAACCAAGUUAUGGGGUUAAUCUCCGACACAAUUCAUUUAGUUCAUUUGAAUGUUAGAGCCACUCAUGAUUAUUUGUGUUUCUAUUUUAUAGUUUAAGUUUAUUUGUAAAAUGUUAAAAGAGAGUGGGUCUCUGUGGCUUUCACUGAUGUUCACUCUGGCAUCCUUUAGUAUUUUUCUCUUUUAAUUUCAUAAUUGUAGGUCAUUAGCAUGCAUAUCAAGUUUGCCCUUAUGUGGUGGGAGUUCAAACACGCAAAGACCCACUCUUUGCACAAAACUGUUCUCAUUGGUUUGGAAUAGGCUGCCAUGCUUUUUUAAUGUUAUUGCAGCAUGUAUAUUCAUUACAGAAUUCAGAUAAAAUUUGCCUAUGUUCUGCUAGUGUUUGAUCUAAAUCACAGUGAGCUCUUCAUUAGCUCAAUAUGUGGUCUGCCCCCAAGUGUGCACUGUUUAUUACUUUGUAAUAUGUCACUAUGAGUACUGACAUUUAGAGCUGUUCAAAGGCCGAGAACUGGAAACAGCCUUUCCUCCAUUUUCUGUGUAUUGGUGAUGGGAGUCAUAACCUUUUGGGGGAGCUUUUUAAAUCUCACAGAAGAGGAAAGUGGCCUGCUCUGGCAGGUAUGUGCAGGAUAGAGUGUGUUUCAUCUGUCCCGGUGCCAAGAAUUAGCGCUGUAUUAUGGUGGUUCCCUUAGGAUUUGUAUGUGCUCUGGGCUCAUGAAGAUACUGCAUCAUGAGCUGCAGCAGUUGUACUCUUUUUCGAAGACCUAAAAAAGGAUGAUUUCUGAGGAAUGAAAGGUUCCCAUCAUUGACUGUGGAUGUGGAAAACCUUUCCUAGCUUAGAGCAUUUGUAUCUAUAAUACGUUUUAAAGUCAGAGUUCAUGUUACCUGUUUAAAUCACAUGACUACAUGCCUCAGUACACAAAAGGGCACUGGUUGGCAUUCUUCUUAAUGUAUUUAGUGAAGAUCAUAAGAAAUCCUUUACGAGUUCAAAUGUCCCUGGAACAGGCAUACAGGCUCUAGCCAAGAAUGAAUUAGAGUGAAGGAAAGCUGUGUGACGCCUGGCAUUCCUCUCUGUUCACGGAGCUUCUUUCAGGCUUGAAGACUGAUUUUACCAUCUAGACCUCUCUGGCUAAUACCUAUUCUUCAACCACCUUGGUUACUCUGACAUAGGAAUUUACUUCUUUUUGAAUGGAAAACACUUUAAAAAAUAAUAAGAAACAUUAUUAUAAACUAAUACGUGUGAGAGUACUUAGUUGAAACAAAAAGGAAUUUUAGUAGACAGUAUUAUACUAUCUUUGAAAAUCAAGGAGGUUUAUGAAACUUAAAAUGUUUACAAACUGCAGUGCAAUCUACUGUUUGUGAACGUCGAUGUAUUAUCAGGAAACGUGUCUAUACAAUCACACAGUUAUAUUUUCUCACAAACUUCUUUACAAAGAGUGAAAUAUGUUUCUGUACCUCUCGGUUUCAGUUAGGGACAUGUUUUGUGCAAUAUUUAUGUGACUGUGCCUAUGCGUGAUGAAUGAAUGCAUUUCAGUCAUAUAUUGCCUAAAUCAAAACUUGAUGAUGCUUGGGAAAGACUCAACAGUUCAAACUUCAUGAAGUUCUAAUGUCUGUGUUCCAGAACACAUCACAUUAUUAGGAGGUAGGGAGAUAUGUAUGUGUUCUCCCUGGGGUGGGGAUUUCUAGUUACUAGACCAUCUCCAGAUUUAGCGUUUGGCAUCCUCCUGAUACUUCUAUGACAUUAACAGGAGAGCAACAAUAUGAUUUAACCAAUGGAAUAACAGAUUUGCCGGCAUUCACUGAACGAGGGCAAAUAUUCGGUCCUUGUGACUUCAACUGACUCUUCCAAAUUUUAUGAAUGUAUCAAUGUAUUAGAUAAACCCAGUUUCAGAAUGAUAAAGAAAAAAUGUUAGACCAAAUAAUGCGGCUAAUUAAGAGUGGUACAAUUUCUAGCCCGUGGGUUUAAAAUGCACUUAAAGUCCUGUUCUUGCCUUUUAUUUUCUGAACUUGCCGCUUUUGCAUUCUUUGAGUUCAGUUUAAAGACAGUUACUUUAAGAGCAUUUUAAACCCUCGGGCUAGAAAUCAGACCGCUGUUAAUUAGCCACAUUAUUUGGUCUAACGUUUUUUCUUUUAUCAUUCUGAAACUGGGUUUAUCUAAUACAUUGAUAAAUUAUUUCAAAGGUACUUUUAUCUUUGAAAUCACUUCACUUUUACCGUGAUAAAUAUCAGUGACUAGGAAUGACCUUCAGAUAGCUUUUAGCAUCUGUAACCAAUCUGACAAUAAUGUGUUCAUCAGGUGCCUAUGGAUUAAAUCACACACUGGCAUAUUUAAACUGAAGGUCAGUCUGGAAAAUAAAUUUACUAUAUUGACUGAAAUACCACUCUUUGUGUAGGUAUUUGUCAUAUAUUUAAGAAAAAGCUAAAAAGAAUGGAAAUUGUAUGAGAAUAACUUAAGUCUUUCUUCAAAGUGCAUGCCGUCUUUUGCGAUACCUCAUUCAGCCGAGUAUUUGUGCUCUUCCUCAUUCAGUGUAAGGCAGCUCUCAGUUUGCUUAGAAGGCAACAUUGGAUGGUUAAGAGUUCAUCAGAAACAUAGAAUUUUAAAAUGUGAGUUGCACUGAAUACAUUUUAGUUUCUGUAGGAAAAUCAAAACACCUAUUUAAAGACUGCAGUAUGUAAUAAUUAUUUUAAAAGUAUUUGAUUAAACCUGAUAGAUUUUCCAGAAAUGAAAAAAUAUCAGCUGUAAACCCAAAGCUGAAUUUUAGAAAAUUUGAAAAUGUAAAUCAGUCCUAUCCAUAAUAUAGUUUCUCUAAAACUUUAUCUUGAAGAGUUAUUUUAAAAUAAUAUAACUAUUAAAAAAUGUAACUGCUAUCUUAAUGUUCUGAAAUAAGUUAAAACAUUUUAAAAUAUGAAUACUGUAGUAUAAGAAAAAGAGACGGUGGGAAGGAAAAGCAGAGAAAGAAAUGCCAAUUCCAGUCCAAAGCUUUAUUUGCCAAGUUUUCUUAGAAUGAAUUUUACUAAUUUAUGAAUUCUUGUAAACAGAAUGUGUAAUGGAAAUACUGAAAGAUUUUUUCCCUAGAGUGGCAUUAUUGACUGCUGGUGUGAUGCUACUGUAAUGUAAUAAAUUAUUAAAUUGUUUCAAAGUGUUGUUUUUGCCUUAAAAUUUUAUUUUGCGUUUCCUGAAAACUAUAGUAUUAAAGGUAUUGAUACUGUGCAAAUGCUGGGCAUGCUUGCCAUGAGAUAAUGUGUUUCAUUUUUACAAAAUUGUAAUAUAACUAUGCAAGUGUUUAUUAAAAGAACACAAAAUAAAAAAGUUAUGGGAUUAAAAAA